GGUUUGCCUUAUUGGUUUAGUUUGGCAUGCAAGCUAAGCGAGCCAAGCAAUAUAGUAACUCAUCCCGUGCAGCUCCAACGACGCAUUGUCCCGUUAGGUGACCAUUCAGCUGUUUGCGUUCGAACUCGACAUCGCUUUUACCUAAGGGAGAACACGACAGAGAAUGAGGAGGCUUGCAGCUCUCCACAUGGAACGUACCAAUCCAACAUGCUGCCACCCAUGCUUGGUAGCAACUGUCACUUACCACCCCGGGUCACUCUAAUUUUCUUUUCUUUUCUAUCUUCACAUUCCGGGACUCUGACCUGCUUUCCUCUUGCAAAAUUUCCGGCUUCGUGAAAAGCUAGGAGUAUAGUCGCAAUGAAGUUACUGUUCCUAUUGUUAGCCGUGGCGGCCAGGUUCUCGCCCAUCUACGCCCAGACAAAAACUACAGGAGGGGCCGAGCCCACGGCUACCGAGUCAAAUGAGGCGGUCACGCAUACUGUCCGGGUCGGAUUACAACAUGAUUUUCAGCCUGAUACGAUAAAGGCGAAUCCCGGCGAUACGAUACGGUUUAACUUCUACCCCAAGAACCACUCCGUCGUUCGAGCAGACUUCAAGAAGCCCUGCAUACCGUGGGAGUUAACCAAUGACCCUGCCGAGAGCUUCUUCAGCGGCCCGGUGGAACAAGAUACGCUGCAGACGCCAAUUCCUACUUGGGACUUAAAAGUGAACAGUACAGACCCAGUCUUUUUCUAUUGCUCCGCACCCGGGUCUUGUAUUGAUUGGAAGAUGGUUGGCGUCAUUAACCCGAAUAAGACAUUCACUUUGGAUAUCCAAAAAGAAUUUGUCGCGAACUCGACGUUUCAACUCAGUCCCGGUGAAGAAUUCCCAGACGAAUCAUCGCCCUCCAGUACAGCAGGGUCAGGCAGUAAUCCAACGUCAACGUCAACGUCCGAAGACUCAUCCGGUGGAUCCGGGGGGACAUCGCUCUCCGGCGGGGCUAUCGCGGGGAUUGCUAUCGGAGGUGUUGCUGUCAUCGCUGGCAUUGUCGCCUUGGUCUAUAUCUGCGGUAGGAAAGGCGGGAUCGAAAAGGGAUACCGACGAAGCAAGUUGAUCAAUACGGCGCCGACGCAGAUAGUCGAAGCGAACUACAACGACUAUGGCGCCAAGAGUCCUCCCAUGGGUUCGCCUUACGCCGUGUCGUACGCGGAUCCGUACAGAUCGCCAAGUCCGGGAGCCAUAAGCUCUCAAGUUGGAAGCCCGCAUAAUUCGUAUUUGGGGCAUCCGAGUCCCGGGAUUCCACCAUACGGUCCUGCCAGCCCUCCUUUUCCUGGACAGGAACAAUACCCAUUGUUUGAGGCACCUGAUUCUCAAAGAAACCCGCCAGUAGAACUCCCCGGGAGCAUGGAUCACUCGUAUUUGCGUUAAUAAAUAAUGUAUAUGAUCUAAAGCAUGACAUCUACAUAGAUGACUGCUUGAAUACCUUUGGGUUAUUCCGUAUAAACACUGUAAUGGCGAAAUAGAGGGUUGGAUAUUGGAUAUUGAUAUUGCAUUAGCACGGCGCUGGGAGUUUUAUUGAAUAUCGUUGUUUUCAUGAUACCUAAACACACUGGUGCUAUAUUCAUGUCAUAACGACGAUUAGGUUGUCAUGGCGGGGACGGGAAAUGGGCGGAAUAUAAGCUUGUGAUGUAUAUGGAAGUAAAACUAAAACUGUCUUACCUAAUACGAAACGAUACAUUGGUGAAGUGAGCUUCGCGAGACCCAAAGAGAGAUGAGAAGCCAGAAAAAGAAGACAUGUUUUUCCUAUCUUUGUUCUCAACGAGUUGAUCCGUAUAGAUAACUG